AUGAAUGCUAGGAUUAGUAGCAGAGAAGUUAAACUUUUUCGUUCUUUUUCGUCACAAUUUAAAGAAGCUGUUCUUCAUCCUGUUAUAUUAGCUAGUGAAUUGUAUUCAGCUGGAAUUAUUGAUGAGUAUACUCGUAAUAAGGUUUCAGAUAGUAAUCAUUUACACACUAGUGCUGAUCUUCUGAUUAACGCUGUAGAAAUAUAUUUAAGCAAGCACAACAAAGAAAAUCAAUUAGUUAUGGAAUUUAAAAGGAUCCUUAAAAUUUUUGAAAGACAUAUCCCUUUAAAUACAGUGGUAGAGAUUCUUGAAACAGAAUAUUCCAGCCAAGGUCACCAUCAAAGGCAUAAAGUUGAUAUUAACAAGGGAGGUGAAAAGUCAUUGCAAAGCACUGCUAGUCCAGGAGAUACUACAGUUCAAGGUCAAAAGAAAG